AUGGGCUUUGGGACGAAGCCUAGGGGAGGGAGCACCCUAUUAGGCCUCGCCGAUCAUGAUGUCGGCGGCACCAGCUUGAUCUACUCCUCAGCGGAGAUAUUCACCUGGAAAACCUACGGAAACAAGACACUGCUCAUCUUGUACGGAGGCGACGGCGAAGAGCACGAGUUCGCUGUGCCAUUCUCGUUAGGAUUACCGCAUUUUGAAGGUAGCAACGCGACAACGCGCACUUAUGUCAGCUUCAGAGCUGUUCACUGGGUGGUCCAAGAAAGGAGACAGGUUGUGCAUUUCGAAACCUUCGAAAUUCAUCUCCUAUGGCGCAACGACGCCUACCGCCAUUGGGUCCUUGACCUUCCCGAUACUAAUGAUGGAUUGAUCAAGCCUACUCUAGGGAAGUCGUCAAUCAUUGUCAAGGGACCUUAUCUUCUGCGGAAUGCAACUUUCGCUGAUGGAGUUCUCCAUUUGACGGGAGACAUCAAUGCUACUACGACUCUUGAGAUCCUAGCUCUCAACCUGCCCGUCUUCCCCGAACUGGAAUGGCAUUCAAUCGAUUCGCUCCCAGAGAUAUCUAAUAGCUACGACGAUUCCGCCUGGACCGAGGCAGCGCUAGAGAAAAGCAACAACCCUCGCAAUUUAACGACCCCACGAUCGCUCUACUGCAGUGACUACGGGUUCCAUGGCGGUUCACUCAUCUAUCGAGGCCACUUCACCGCGACUGCUAACGAAUCAUUCUUCAACGUGACGACAGCAGGAGGCUUUGCUUACAGCCACUCUGUCUGGGUUAACGAGAUCUUCCUCGGGUCUUUUGCUGGAGAUUCUCACACUGCUAACUCAACGCAAGUUUUUGAUCUUGCUGGACUAAAACUCGAGGGCCCUUCAGUCUUCACUGUCGUCAUUGACCAUAUGGGCAUGAGCAUGAACUUCUGGGCACGGUCUGACUGGAUGAAGCUUCCACGCGGCAUCGUUGACUUUUCACUUGGUGGUCAUCAGCAGUCCGACGUGAGAUGGAAGCUCACCGGUAACUUUGGAGCCGAAAGCUACAUUGACAAGUCGCGUGGUCCAUUGAAUGAGGGUGCAUUCUAUGCCGAACGACAAGGCUAUCAUCUUCCAGGGGCACCCACGUCUGACUGGGCUUCAGUGACACCAUUUGAAGGCAUCAAGACAGCCGGUGUAGCUUUUUAUGAGACGGAGUUCCCCUUGGAUAUGCCAAUCGGCUACGACAUCCCUCUGAGUUUUGUCAUCUCGAAUGUGACGGCUUCAACCGGAGCGUCGAGCCUCUUCCGCGCGCAACUUUUCGUCAACGGGUACCAAUUUGGCAAGUAUGUCAACUAUCUCGGCCCGCAAACGCGCUUCUCUGUUCCAGAGGGUAUCCUCAACUAUAACGGCAACAACACGGUGGCACUUACUCUUUGGGCUUUGGACGGAUCGGGUGCACGUCUCGAAGGGUUCGAGUUGGUAGCGGACCACAUCAUCCAGUCAGGCUACCGAAAACCUGGGCAGACACCUCAACCGUCGUGGGUGGAGAGAGUCGGGGCGUACUAA